ACUCUUCUUCUUCUUCUUCUUCUUCUUCUUCCCCACGACGACGACGAGCUCCUUCGAUUGAUGACUGCAAUAAUCCUCAAUCGCAUCGCAUAAAGCUAAACCCCAAUCCUUUCUCCUUCUGAAACCCUAAUUUAGCGUUUCCUGAAGUCGCAAAAUUGAGUUUUGUUUUUUCAAAAAUCGAAACCUAAAAUCUCAAUUCUGUGGGAAAUUUCAAAGACUCAUCAAAUUCUCUUUUCACUGUCAUCUUCGUCUACUCUCUAUUCGACCCAAGACUGUAGUACAUUUGGUGCUAUCAGAGAGAGAGAGAGACAGAGAUAGUGAAGAAAAACAUAGCAAAAAUGGAGAGUGAUAGUGAUAGCGAGAGCGAGGGAGAGAGCAGUGAACAUAAGACCACUACUUCAGUGGUACCCAGAGGUGGCCCAAUUUAUCUGCCAAACAUGGUUGGAAAUAUUUCUACCGUCCCUGAAUUCAAGUCUUCAUUUCUCAAUGUACUACAGGAUUUGGAAACUCAUUUAUCUCUGGAGUUUACUUCCUCUUCUCACCAAUUUGAUGUCUCAACUGAUAGUCUCAAGAUUUAUACAGAGGAGGAACUCACAGAGAUGGCUAUGAAGGAAGCCUUUCCGGAAGAUAACGUUUCCCAAAAGGAUCUCGAACAAUCUUUAGACGCUUCUCAUCAUGAAAAUCCAUCAGCUGGGAGGGCAAAGAGGAAGAGGACAGUAAAUAAUACUGAGGUAAAGAAGAGGACAGAAAAGAAGACUGAGUUAAAGAAGAGGACAGAAAAGAAGACUGGGGAAGCUUAUCUUGCCAAAGUCGAGCAGCUUGCUAAACUCAAACAAAAGCAGGAGGAGGAUAAAGCAGCUGUGACACUGCACUGCUUCAGCAAGACUUGUGAGACUGGUAAAGAUGUAGCUGCACCUCCAGAAGGCUUUGAGCAGAUGCAAUCUCUUAGGUUCAUAGAUAAUAAUUACACGCAGGUGAAGCCAUCGGACAUCCAGGGACAAGUGGAUCCGCUAUUUCCUGAAGUCAUUUUGUGUCUUGAGAUUUAUAACAGUCGCAAGGUUAAGACCCAAGAAUUUUUGGUUCUAGGACGUCAAAUGUUGACUGAAUUGAAGGACAACAUUCACUGUGCUACAGACCAGGUGAUGAAAAAGGCUGGGAAGUAUGAUCCCUCUGGAUACUUCCUCAUAGAAGAUGUCUUUCACAAUGAUUUAAGGAAUCCCUCGGCUAAAGAUUACAGCUAUCCUAUUUUAGAUUGGCUUUGGAACUCGAAAGAUGAGGCUCUUAAAAAAUGGGAAUGCGUUUUAACCGGCGAAUUACAUAAAAAGCAGAAACUGGUUCUAGGUGAAGCGAAAUCUGUGGAUUUACCUCGUUACCGAACUGCAGACAUGCAGAGUACACGCUUCUGUGAUAUAAGAUUCAGAGUCGGAGCUAAUUAUCUCUAUUGUCAUCAGGGAGAUUGCAAGCACACGAUUGUGAUUCGGGACAUGAGGCUGAGUCAUCCAGAGGACGUUCAGAGUAGAGCGGCUUACCCGAUCAUGUUUCGGCCUAAACGUAGGCUUCAGAAAUGCGGUGUUUGCAAGAUAAAGAGAGCUUCAAAGGUUGCAGUGGAUGACAAGUGGGCCAACGAGAACACUUGCUAUUUCUGUGAUGUUUGUUUUGAGCUUCUACACUCAGAGGAAGGCCCACUUAACCGUGACUUCCCAGUGUAUGAUUAUGUGUAUGACUGAAGAUGAUCUUCUUGUUGCAUAAUAUAUAGAUAGAAAGAAUACGAAGAAAUUGUUGUCGUUGCAAGAAGAAGACAUGAUGAAUCUCGUCUUCUAAAAUUAGAAAAAGGAAAAAAAAAUCUAUUUUGAAAAAA